AUGAGCUUGAAUAAUGUUUAUUGCGUAAUCAAGGAGGCUAUGGAUAAGUUACUUGAAUAUUUACAUGAAAAUAAGCAUAUAUGUUAAGUUUGCAAUGGACAACAUGAGUUCAGGAACAAAUUUAAGUUUAUGAUUAAAGAUAGCAAGACUCUCCAAAGUGAAUAAACCGAGGAUGACACGAGUGAACUAGAAUUCUACUUGUAGAAUCCUAUUGAUAGGAGGAGAUAUGGAUCUUUUAGAGUAUUCAACCCAGGGGUGUUUUUGCAAUGGAAAUAAGAAAGCAUUAAUAAAUUUGAUUUAAUGUAUAGUUAGUAGUAGUAUUAUGCAUAUAAAAUUUAAUAUAUAUAAUUUUAAUUAUAAAAAGUUGGCUCAAAUAAUUUGAUGAUUAAUUGA